AUGAGAGGCCAAUUCUUGAAGGUUCGCCCGAUGGAGUUGUCGUUGAAAGCUGCUUUUGCCGGACUUGUCUUCGUGUCAGCGCCACUGACUGCUCGUGGCAUCCAGCCAAGGCCGGCCACGGACCUUCAAGUUCUACCGAGCAUCGAUUGCCUCGAAGCCCGGCUGAAGGAUCCUACUACACCCUGCGAUGACCUUGUGCCACAAGAUGGCAGGACAGUCAGAGUGGUAUUCAAUAUGUCCCAGGUGGCUCCUGAGACGGGGAACACGGAGAACCAGAGCGCCUCUAGCGAGAGUGUCGUCGUCCGAUUCUCAAUGAAUCAGAGCGAUGGUCAAGAAAUGUCAGUUCAAAAUAUUUCCCUCUUCAACUUUCCGGACUACAAGGCGCCUGUUUGCAGGAACAACGAUGCGCCCAUUUGUGAUCCCUACGGCUUCCUUAGCGACUCAGAGGGCAAGAACCUGUCGUUGGAGCUUGCAAUGCUGCGAUCGCAGCACUUGGUGGUUUGCGACGACUUGAUCUCGGAGCCAAUCGACCAACGUCACUUGCAGCCUUUCUAUGUGGGCGUUGCCAUUGCCCAGGCAAGUGGAACUGAAAUGAGCCAAUCGACUUUGCGACAGUAUGGACACUUGAUUUUGUCCGAAUGGAACAUGGACGAAAGCUACGCUGCGAACGGACAGCUCAUGCGCUGUCCCAAUCAGGCACUUCUUCUGAUAGUGCCAGACAGAAGCCAGGCAGUGCUGGUGACUGACUCUUGCCACUAUACUUGCGAGGAGCAAGGUGCGCCAGCCCCAAAAGUGGUAACCAAGUCGCUGCACACUGGCACCGUGGCAGAUGCGGUCUUGGCUGGGGUGAGAUCCGUGUACGCCUCUCUUCCGAACGCAGUGGCAGAGGGCGAGGACAUGCCAGCACGGCAAGUACAACAAGUGGAGGCACAGGCAAGCUCUGAGAGCAACGCUGAGACCUGGGUCCUCUUCGUGCAGCGCGCCAUCUUUGCCUUUGCCGUCAUGGCGCUUGGUUUCAGCUUGCUGGUUGGCCUCCUCGUGAUGUGCUUUGCUCCCGGAUUGGCCAAAGGUCAUCGCGGCUACACCUGA